GCGCGGAGCGGUCUCGGUGUGCCGGCGGCGCAGAGGUUCCGUCGCCAUGCCGGAAUGCCCGGAGCUGCACCUGGCCGGCCGCUACAUCAACGAGGCGUGCGGCGGGUUGGUGUUCGAGGGCGGCGUGCAGCGCUCGGCCGUGGGCCGCGGCCCGGAGGUGCCGUUCAGCAGCGAGGCCUACAGGGUGACGGCCGUCUCCCGCGGCAAGGAGCUGCGGCUGACGCUGGAGCCGCUGGGCCCCGGCCCUUCGCAGGCCUUGGUGUUCCGCUUCGGCAUGUCGGGUUCGUUCCGGCUGUGCGAGGCCUCCAGUCCGCCCCGCCACGCGCAUUUGCGUUUUUUCACCCGUGAGAGCCCCCCCCGCUCCCUCUGCUUCGUGGAUCCCCGGCGCUUCGGCACCUGGCGGCUGGGAGAGGAGUGGCAGCCCGACCGCGGGCCCUGCGUCCUGCUGGAGUACGCGGCCUUCAGGGAGAACGUGCUGACCAACCUGGAGGAUAAAGCUUUCGACAAGCCCGUCUGCGAGGCGCUGUUAAACCAGAAGUAUUUCAAUGGGAUCGGCAAUUACCUCCGUGCUGAGAUCCUGUACAGGGCGAAGAUCCCUCCUUUUGAAAAGGCUCGGACUGUGCUGGAAGCCCUGAAGCAUCAGGAGCAGAAUUCUUCCCUGACAUUGAGUAAGAAGCUGAAGCUGAAGCGAGAUAACCCCGAUCUCCUGGAGCUGUGCCACACGGUGCCCAUGGAGGUUGUGGCAGCAGAUAAAAAUCUCUUUGACCCUUCUUCUGACUCGGAUAACUAUGCUGCCUUCAAGAACUGGCUGCAGUGUUACUUAGUGCCUGGCAUGAGCUCCCUGCGGGACCGCAACAACAGGACCAUAUGGUUCCAGGGAGAGCCUGGCCCCAUGGCUCCCAAAGGUCAGAAGUCCCGCAAGAAGCACGCACACCUGAAGGCAGAUCCUGAAGCUCCAACCCCCACGGUCACAACACGUGCCUCCAAACGGCGUUCUGGGGGUGCAGAGAAGCCCCCGGAGCCAGCUGUGAAGGAGGAGGAAGAGAAGGCAGUGCCUGAUGGGUCAAGGAAGGGACGUACCCGUGGGAGGAAGAAAGUGGCUGCUGCUCCAACUUUACCUGAGCCAGAUGUUCCAGUCAGAGCAAAAAGAAACCGGACUUCAGCACGCAGGGGCAGAGGUGCAGCUGCUGUAGUGUGAGUAGAGUACACUGCCUUCACACACCUCAGCCUUUGGAAACGUGUGACAGCUUCUGCUGUGGAGACACACUGGCCUGGGCUGCCUGGUGUUGCUUUCAGGCAUGCCUGCUUGUAGCACUCGCUCUGUGCAGCACUACUGCUGCUCUUGCAGCCUCAGGGAUGGGAGCAGGCUGGUGCUCCUCCUCCUUCCUGUUCUUAUAUAUUUUUUUACAACCUUGCUUGUCCCUUCUGAGUGGUUUUAGAAUCAGUUCCUCAGAGGGACCACUGAUUGUGCAUCGUGUCAGACUCUGACCCCUUCCUAUACCUUAAAUCAUAUUCCUUCUUCCUUUUUUUAAUUGCUGCCUGGAUCACGGAGAAAGCUGGUUUUAGAUGAUUAAUAAAAGUAUUUUGUGUAAAAA